AAUGGGCCCGGUAUAAUUACUUUUGUGACUACUGCUGCUGAUGACAGACAUUUGAGUAAGUCAAGCAUCGUGGCAGUUGAGGAUGGUUCGGUCGCUGACCUUGUUCUUCACAAUAGUGGCAUAAAUGAACUUAACGACUCUAGCGCCAAAGAAUUAGCUGGUGCCGUCAUAUCUUCAUCGACCAAUCACGAGACAGCUGUCAGACCAGACGAUAGACAGACGGUUUUGCUUCUGUCAUCCCCUAAUGAGCCUUCCCGUGUUACGACCUCCAAUCACCUAGAAGCCAGCGAUAUAACCGAAAUUUCCGUCAUUAACGUCAGCGCCGACUAG